AUGGCACCGCCAAAACAAGCGGAGCGUAAAGGAAAGAAACGCAAGUUGAUCGAGUUCACCUGCUUUCUUCUUUUCUUCACUAUUUCUUUUAUUGCUUUCUUUCUCUUUUUCUUUCUUUCUUUUUUUACCUUUACCUUUUCUUAUUUACCUGCUCCCUUUCUUUCUUUCUUUCUUUCUUUCUUUCUUUCUUUCUUUCUUUCUCCCUUGUUAGCUUCACUUUCUUUCCUAUCAUUAUUUUAUCUCUUCUUUCUAUGUUACCUUCCUUCAAGUGUUGUCUUCGUUCAUUCUUUCUUUCAUUCUUUCUUUCUUUCUUUCUUUCUUUCUUCCCUCGUUUUCCUGCUUUCUUUCUUUUUUAACUUUACUUUUUCUCGUUUACAUCCUUUUUUUAUACCUAUCUAUAUUAUCUUUCUUUCGAUUUUACAUUUUCCCUUUUUCUUGCUUUCUCUAUUUAUUUUUAACUUUAUCUUUUCUCGUUUACACGCUCUCUUUCUUCUUUGUUUCUCCUCUGUUUAUUUCUUUAUCACUUUCUUUCUUAUCAUUACUUUUCUUUCUUUCUUUCUUUCUUUCUUUCUUUCUUUGUUUAAUUCAAUUUUCUUCCUAUUAAUACAUACUUCCUGUUACUGUUUCCUUUUAACUCUCUUUCUAUCUCUCACCUCUCAACUUUUUAUUAAUUCAUCUGAACAUUUUUUUUUCCAUCCAUUCUCCUUUUUUCACAUACAGGCUUCUUUCGCGUUUCUCUGCCUUUUUCAACCUCCGUUUGUAGGUGAAGACUAA